UUUAGCUGAGGUUUUGGGGUUAUUUUGUUUGCCAAAUUCGUUGAAAUACUAAAAAUAUGGCUUCUAAGAUUAAUCGGUUGCCUUUUUUACUGUGUAUUUUUGUGACAUUAGUGGAAUGCAGAAUGAGAGAGAUAUUCAGUGCGAGAUGUCAAGCUAGAUGUUUUGCAAAGACUUUAAAUCCAAGUCGGCCAUGCACUGGCUCAUGCUUUACUGCAUGUAUCAAGCCAUGUGUUGAUCAUGAGAACUUCCAUAAAGUGAAAUUGUGUAGAGAAUAUUGCAGGGAGUUCAAAGUGAAAAAUGACAACUGGCAGUGCAGACAUUCAUGCAAGUAUCUGCUCAAUCUAUACAACAAAGGACUUAAAUCAGGUUUGUGUCAGGACUUCARCAAUACUCAGUCCUGCGGCACUACAAGCUGUGAAAAUGAUAAUGUAUGUCCUGAUUUAGAGAAGUGCUGUCAGCAGCCUGCAGGCUGUGGCAAAACCUGUCAAAUACCAUCAUUCAAUGUAACUGGUUAUCCAUCAACACCAACGACUGUCAACAGCACUUUCAUCAAGAGACCCAGGUCUGUUGUGAUUAAGUGGUCAUAUAUGCAUCGUGAUCCAAGACCACAGUCAGAAGAGAAGGCAGUUAUCUUUAUGGUAGAGGUCAGACACAUCUCUAUUGGAUCCCAGCAGGGGGUGGUAUCUGGAGAGUGGAGCUAUUUUAAUAUGACAAAGGAGCUACACCUGACAGGUUACCCCAGAAGUAAUGUUUGGUCAGAGUAUCGUGUUCUCGCAGUAACAGAGCAAGGAACGAGUGAGUAUAGUACACCAAGCUCUGCAAUAUACAUCCCUCCUGAAAAACCCACCCCACCAAGGAACUUCAGAGUCAGGAUGAUGGCUGCCGUGAAGGGCAAAGUCCGCCUGGAGCUAGUGUGGAGUAAACCAGAAAAAUCAGAGGUACCCAUGCACAGAUAUAGAGUAUUUUGGAGCAAAAGGCUUGAUUCACACACAGAAGAACUCAUGUCACUUCGAGUUCACCACCUGAAAAUCAAUCCAGAUCAGCACUCUGCCCUCAUCAAUGGCCUCAGAUUCAAUACAACUUAUCUUUUUGAGAUUCAAGCAAUCUGUCGCUACAAAGGGCAAAGGCUGAGGUCAAGCAGGGUAUACCUUACAGCAAGAACAAUGGAACAAGAAGAACCAGAUAAUAAAGAAGCGCUCCACAAGAAAAUAGGGAAGGUCUUCAGCAAUUCUUUCAAAAAGCCUGAAAUCGACAAGACAACAAAGACUUACCCUUCAGGCCGAACUUGGACUCCACCUACAACAUCUUCAGUUGUUGUUGGGAGACCAGAAAAUGUAUCGAGAAGACCUGAUGCAGAAGCUAACGUGAGGCAUACAUCUAGCAGUAACUACAUCCAUCCCUGCUUGUCACUCGUACUAUGGCUUGUCUUAUUCCAUGGGUUAUAUUGGUGAGGUGCCAACAAUCAAAUGUUUCUAUGGAAGAUUUUAAAUUAUUAUUAUCCUAACAAUUAUAGAUUCUUAUCAUGCAACAUGGUCGUUAYCAUAGGACUUUUUGUUCAUACUUUAUAAUAUGUAGUUCCAGAAAUUAUCCACAACCCCCUUCCACAUGGAGGUUUUUUUCUUAAACCCCACCCCUGGAAAUUCCAAUUUUCUUCCAUACAAACUCUGUAAACUUGUUCUUUCUCUGACACCACCCACCUAUCCUAAAUUCAAAAUUUCUCUGGGGAGGGGGGGGGGGGAGGAUUAUGGAUAAUUUCUGAAACGACACAAGGAUGUCAGAAGUAAUUUGUGCAGAAACYGAAACAGAAACUCCACUACCUUUGUUGCUAUGGAGACUGGUCAUCAAUUAAGGCAAACAGUUACCAUGACGACAAUACAAUACCAAUAGACUAUUUAACGAGGGAAAAGACUUAUUCAUCUAAUGUACGACCCUCAAAAACAAAAUUUCUGGUCAGGGUUUUAAAUUAUGAAKUAAUGGACUAUACUUCGACGAUACGGCGGCAAUCUUGCCAGGGGGCAAAACAAAACAAAGAUGAUGGAAAAUAUGUAGAGUUUCAUGUGCUUGUCUUUCUUUUAUGGGUAAAGGUGAUCGAUGUGCCGUCAUAAUUCAUCUUUUGUUGUAUUUUCUUGUGGUGAGCUGUUGAUAUCAAUCGACGUCAUUACUGUAACAAAGCUUUAUUUGCCCCCUGGACACCCAAUAAUGCCCUGUGAUCCAAGAUGGCCGCCCUAUCRUCAAAGUAGUCCUUUAUCAAAGCAUUAAUCCUAUACGUGUCCUGACCUUCUUGUUCUAGUAGGACUACCACUUGCAUGAUAAAAAUCUAAAUUGAACAGUAUUUUGGGGGCAUUUGGUAAUUAUAAAUGAAAGCCCUGGUUUUGUAAAUUUCAUGACAGCGCAUUCCAGAAAAUGGGUCUACUAUYCCCUUUGCCUUCCACCUAGCUUUCUGCCAACCCUGCGUAAUACAGAAUUGGUYAGUAUAUCUUGGCCAUCAUUUCUCUAAUGCAAACACAUUUACAUUAAUGACCGUUACAAACAUCAACAUUUUGGGGCCUUCAUUCAAUGUUGAGAGCACAAAGUUGGUGGAGGCAUAAAGGGUAGCCAUUAAAAGAGGGGCCAGAAUAACUGUAGCCUCUUWCGCAGCCAUUCUUAGUGUCUUUCAUGCAAAGUUUCCCUCCCCACAAGGGGAGGGAAAUGUUGCGUGACAGACACUUAGAACAGCUAAAGUAGGAAGCAAGGAUAAAUGGAAUAGUAUGUCCUUUUUCUGAAAGCACCAUUCAGCAUUUUCAUCCAAAAUUAAAUUUGUUAUAGUUGAUGCAUAGAAUGCAUAUUAAUGAAAAGUUAUAAAUUUAUGUACAUUUAUCACGUAGUUAAUAGAAAAAUAUUUAUCAAUGUUGAAAGUUUUAUAUUGGUGAGUAUAUAUACACUCAAUUGAAGAAUCUUUGUCGGGUUCAGAAACAUAGAACAUAGAAGCUGAGACCGAAAUUGCACAUGGGAAGUACGUUAAUUAGAUGCAUGCUGUGACCGGCAACCCGUGGCAUCAUCCACUGUUUUUGAUACGCGUUUGCAUUCUAAACYGACUGCAUGGAUGGCGCAAAUGAAUAAAUUAUAAUAUAAUUAUGUCAUUUCCCAUGUGCCAUUUCGGUCUCAGCUUYUAUGUUCUAUGUUUCUGAACCCGACAACGAUUCUUCAAUUGAGUGUAUAUACUCAGAAAAGAUACCAUAUUAUAUUCUUAUCAAAAGUAUUUGCAAAAUUGACAAAAGCAAAUUAUAAUUUUUGCAAAGAUAUUUUUCCAAAAUAUUUAACGUUCAUCACAUCAGUUAUCAAAAGUAUUUAAAAAUAAUUUUAAUUAGUUCUGAGUACUUAUUUCUUGUUGUUAUUGAUGCCAAUACAGUUGACUCUYGCCUUGCUAAAUCCCCACUAUUACAGACACCACUAUAUAUACUUAUUUCAAUAUUAGUUAGUCACCAAAAACCUAGAAAGCUGAGAUCACUGAGGAUCAUGGGAAACAAUUCAUUUCAAACAAGUAAAGCUUUUUUGAUACAAACUGCAGCUUGAGGAUGCUYAGGAGAGGUGAUACUGUAACUGGUAAGAUGUGCAAGUCCAUCAACAGUUAACAAGCGGUUGAAACAUGUAAAAUGUAGCUACCUAUAAUCCUUGUCAGCCUCGGCUUUAUAGCUUUUCAGGUGACUAUCUUUAUUGAAAUAAGUAUAUUUUGAACAGUGAGCAUAAUCCCAGCGAAAAAUAAUGACAAAGAAAUGACCAUUAUUAAUUCACUAUUGCGGAUGUUUCCUAUUACAAACACCAAGUGACAGUCCCAAGGRUGUCUGGUGUAGUAAAGAGAGUGGACUGUAUUUCAAUGAUGUGUAGUUCCAGAAAUUACCAUAUACCUCACCCC